AUGAGUCCGAAGUGUGCUUUUGGUGCUGAUGGUAAGACCCCCGCUGCACCUUCACCCUCCCCCUCCUCCCUCCUCUCUCAGCAGCAGGAUGAUUCUGAUUCAGUUGUUGUGCCAUUCAAUGAAAUGUUGAUUGGAAACAACACUAACAGCUCUAGACAUAUGUAUUCUUGUCACAAAAACAAACACAGCUACAGCUCCUCUUCAGUCCAGCAAGACUUGAAGUCCCGCUGCUGCUCCUCCAAGAACUUUACCGCCGCCACUUCUUCUACCGCCCAUUUCUCCGCUACUGGCAGUGCAACUGCAGCUUUGUGCUCCUCAGCCACUUGUGUCACGUGCUCUCUCCCUUUCGUUGCCACCACCAACUCGGCCUCGGUCUAUCCUUCCCCAGAACUCAGCGACCUCGAUGAUGACCUUAUCGCAGCUCUGGACGACAACACACACCGCUACAGCUACAAAUACAGCUCUCGCCCACUUGGCAGACGAUCAAGCCUCGAUCUCGACCAGAACCAGACCAAGCGCUUCCGCCGUUCCUUUCCAGACGACGAUGACUCAACUGUAGUCAGCGACACAGUAACCGACGAUACCGUUUCCUCAAGCCCUUCUCCCUCCAGCCCCGCCUCAUCAAAAACUCUUCCUCCCAGCAUCUCGGACUCUCCACCCUACUACCCUGCUGAUGUAUUCCCCAACAACGACAAUGAGUGGCGCGAACAAGUUGUGGAGUACGACUGGGCAUCAAGUACUGACGAGGAUGAGCGCAAGACUGCAUUCUCUGACAGCAGUUGCUGGUCGGGCAUUGACUGCAGAGACGAGACCUUGAGUGAACUCGAGACUCGCUUUGGUUUGGAAGGCAUGGACUCCCCCCCUUACCAGCCUCAGGACUACAACAAGCUCAAUCCCACCAUGGAUCCCCAGGAGACUCGCUGGUUCGAGCAACAGCUCUCCGCCACCACGUCUGGACCCAGCCGUCGCCGUGAUGACACGCCUCCCUAUGUCCCGUUUGACUACAACACCCUCAACUCGGAGGUGAACCCCAACGAGGAUCGGUUCUUUGAGCAGCCCUGCGCCAAGUAUACCUAUGCCGCAGCAGCAGCAGCCGAGGAUUGCUCAGACUUUGAAUCAUGCGACGGAGAUGUCUCGAGCAACGAUAUGUCCAUCUCGGACGACGACUACUAA